AACUCAUCUCUCAGGUGUACACAUCCACAGAAAAGUGUUACCUCUGUGGAGGAGAAUUGGUGAUCUCAGUCAUUCGUGCAAUUCAUAAUGGAAGUCACCGUCCACUAAAAUAUCUAAUUUUAUGCUGUUAAAAAGAUUUAUAAAAUGAUCUCAGUGCUACUGAACACAUUACUUUAAUAACAAUUUGGUUAAAAGUUAAUAAAUUAUUCUUUUGAUUACAAAAAAUACCUUAAUUGUACACGGCAAAAGACCUGUGAGAAGAUGAAUCAUCACAAAGAGUGUGUUAAAUGAACAAGUUUUUAUUUAUUGUUGAAAAGCAUAUGAACGUGUAUAUAAAAUUACGGCAGACUGAAAAUAUCCAGUGUUUAGUAAAUAAUAGGAAAUUUCUUCAAUGAUUUAAGUGGAAAAUAUUGUCACUGUCCGAGGGAAAGUUGUUGUUUUAUUCUGUGAAAAGACAUGAAAAUGAUUCCUCUUUUAAUAUUUGGAAUUGUUGGUGCAUCAGAGGCCACACUCAACAUUAUUGGACCACAGUGUGGUGCUAGAUUCUGCAAGAUUGAUGAGUACUGUAAAACCGAUACCACACAGUGCAACAGUUGUGAAAGAAUUUGCAACACUACAUCGCACAAUGCUGAUCAAAUCGAGUGCCAUAAAAGUUGCCACCAUUAUAUCUACAGUUUAUUGUACGAUAAGAUGAAUCAUCUCUCGACGGAGUUUAAUCAACUGCAAAAUCGUCAGACUGUGAUCAUUAUUAUUACUUUGGUUCUACUUAUCAUCUUCCUGAUCAUCCAUGGACUCCUUUUCAUGCGAUGGCUGCAUCGAAGGGGUCACUUGGGUUUCACAUGCGCCAAGAUCUUCAAAUCAAAAUCAAUGAAGAAAAAACAAUGUCCUGUCGUUGAUCUCACUCAUGCAAAUCCCAAUACUCAAAGUCCCAAAUUGCAAAUUCGUACGGACUUGGCUAGGAGUUGCAAUGCCAAAAGAGACUCAUCAAUUUUCUCCGUUGACGGAUCAACUGUUCAGACUGUAAGUACCCCAAUAAGUACCAGAUAUCCAGCCGAAGAUUCUACACUCGAUUACUCCUACGACAACAGAGGUAUGACCGUGACACCCAUUGCGGGUGUUACCGGUCGACCACAUGGUCCAGAGACGACUUUCUAAAAAAAAACGUUUUUCACAAAAAAAAACUUUCUAUAUUGAAAGUCAUUACUCCCAUCACAAAAAUUUGUUAGUUGUUCAAAAUAUAGUAUAAAUUACAGUGUAAAGUAUUAUUACCUACACACAUUUUUGCACUACGCUUAAGGACUUCUAUCCUAGAAAUGCUAUCUUUUAAGGAAAAAAUGUUUUAGGUUGUAUUACUCAUUAGUGGCAAUAAUUUGUAUUCUAUAAGUAAGAGCAUAAAAAUGUGCUUUCAAAGUAAUAUGUAUUUGCUAAAUUACCUGAAAUGCAACUUUUUAAUAAUUUGACUUUAUUAAUUCUAUAUAAUAUACCGAAUAUAAUCAAUAUCACAAAAUAAUUUGAUUAAAUUAUAAAAGAAAAUCUUAAUUUUGUUUUAUAUAUUUUUUUUGUUUAAAAAUAAUUCUAAUUGCAUUGUAAAAUAAAACUACUUAUAUCUUGUGCUAAGUACUUAACUGUUUCAAUUAAAAAAUCAUAAGUAAUAAAAAUCAGAAAUAACCCUUUCAGGUAAACUUAAUUAAAAUUACUUAUUGUAAAUUGUUUCAAUAUGCUCAUUUAAUAAGUUGGUAUUUCACAAAAGUAAUAAACCAACUAUUUUUAACUGAAUUUGUAAUAUAAAAUCUAGGAAAAAUCAUAUAGGUACCUAAUGAGUUUUCCUUCAAUGAAUAGACAGACAAAGUCAUUUAUUUUUUUAAUUACCUAAUCUAUAAGAUCAUUCCUUAAUAAAUAAAUUUUAUUUUUAGAAUAAAA